UAGUGCAUAACAGCGAAUUCCGCCACUGUUAUUGGAGUUGUGACACCUGCUGUAAAGCGCCCAGGGGUGAAUCUCGGUGCCUUGGAGUUACAGUUGGCUGCGGAUGCAGGUAGAGGAUGCGGAUGCGGUGAUACUCGGAUCCAGCGCACAGCAUGCAUUCCCACACGAACGAGACAGCAGAGACGGCGGUAACGGCGGGCGCGGUCACGAAUGCAGCAGGAGGAUCGGGAGCGGGAGGCGGAGGAGCACAUGGCAGCACGGAGGGCAAGAUUCGGUGCAUCUUCCUCAGCGAGUUCCAUGCCACGGCGGGCUGCAAGAUUAGCUGCCAGGUUCCCGAUAACUACAUAUCCAAGGAUGUGUUCGAUGCCAUCAACGUCUACAUCAUACCCAAGCAGCACCUGCAGCGCUGCAUCCUCACCGUCAACGCCAUGGACGUGAAGAUCGUCGGCUAUCCGGUGGGCAUCCAGGAUCAGCAGAAGUAUGCCCGAAACGCAUUCCUUUUCAAUCUGUGCUUCGUCUGCGAUUCGCGGGCCAGGAGCGUUCAGUACGAGCCGGUGGUCAAGAAGCUGUCCGAGUACCUCAUCAUGAUGGAGGAGGAGUCCUGCUUCCUGUCGCGCGAGGACGACAAGCGCCGGCUGCAGAACAUCUUCGAGACCGUCCUGCGCGACCUCAACGAGCGCAAGGUGGCCACCAUUGUCGAAGGCGACAACACCAUUUACCUGAAGAUCGUCAUGCACAAGCCCGAUCCGCCGCCGGUCAAGGACCACAUGGUGCCCCUGCUGCUAGCCAAUCUGCGCGACGCUCCGCUGGACAACUGGGACCUGACCACGCAACAGAUUCUUCCCUAUAUCAACGGAAUCAAUCACGUUGCCCGGAUCGCCGCUGAAGCGGACGUGGAAACGGAUCUGGUGAAGUCCUGCAUCCAGAACCUGGUCUACUACGGCGUCGUCCAGCUGCUGCCCAUCCUCAAGUACAGCAACGUCUACAUGACGCAGAACCUGAAGCAUCUCAUCCAGAGUGCGUCGCUGAGCGGCGCCUGCCGAAAAUACGUGGCCCUGCGUCCGGACAAGACGUUGCCCAGUGUGCAGCGGAUUUUCCAGUUCUACGCCUCGAUGACCCACGGCGUUACCCUGCGGGCCAUCUGCCAGCGACUGAGCCCCCAGCACCACAACAUCGAUGAGCGGCGCAUGGUGAUCUUCGGGCUGCAGCACCGGUUUAUCCGCUGCAUCCACAAGUACCCGGUGUUCACGGGCUCGGUGCCUUCCGGGCGGCAGAAGAUGUACACCGGGCUGAUCAGCUUCGACGAGAUCUGCUGCAAGACGGGCCUCUCGCCCUGCACCAUCGAGCGGGACAUCGAGAAGGAUACGAAUGUGACUGUGAUCUGGAAGUGACGACGGAGGGGACGUCCGGGUUUGUUGUAGCUUGUAGGCGAACCGAUUGUUAUGUUUCCAAUAGCUUUUUUAUAUACACAUAUAUACACAUGAAAGGUUA